CCACCGAACCCAAGACCGACCACUUCAGUUUGGCUAGCGGACGACAACAUCAUCCAUUCAACCACGCCACCAUGCCCGAUCCAUCAAUUUGAAUCCGGGAUUUUGAUCGCAUGAGCGAGAUCUACAUUUUGAUGCGCAAAUGAACGCGGCUUCGCCCCACGAUUGUGCAGCAUCUCGCACGCGACGGUCCUGACGCCCUUCUUUCCGCGCUCUCGCCGACCGCAUCCCGCGCCCGCUCGCUUAUCCGUGGCCGGCCACACCUACGGCGAGCUCCCACCAUGGUCGACAUUAACCCCGCCGCCCUGAGUCGGCCAUCCAUCAGCCUCUCAACACCGGUUCUCUCGAAGCAGUCCAUCAAUGUUUCAGUGCCGUCAAUACACAAGGCGCCAAAAACUAGCCAACUUAUACCGGCCCGCAUUGACCUCGAGCCCAUCUACACGGCUCUGAAAGCCGGCGUCGGCGCGGAGCAAUGGUCCACCUACAAAGAAUCCAUAACCAAUUUUCUAAUCGGUCGCCUCAACCAAGCCGAGUUUAGCGAGCGCAUCGAGCCCAUACUCGCUUCUCCCGAUGGCUCCAAAGAACACCUCCACAAUCAGCUCAUCGCGGCCAUAUACGGCAAUGUCACACGCGAGAUGCCCGACCAGGGCCUUGCGCCCUGGGUUAGCACAAACGACAAGCCGUCGCCGGCGACCGGGAGCAAGCCCGUGUCCGGGGAUGCUGCCGAGCGGAGGUUAAAGGGAGAGGUCAUGCAGCUCCCAGCGCGUGACCGGAGGCGCAUCAAGGACCUUGCACACAACGAUUUUGAUCCGUACGAGUCGCUCGCCAACGUGUUUGCUGACCAGGCCCGGAUACGCCCCACCAAAGCGACCGAGGUGCCUGCCAGUGCGGGCGGCGCACUCAGCCGGAUGAAUUUUGAUCUCGAGAUCAGGAAACGCUAUGCGCAACCAUUAGCCGUCGAGUCGGGCGAGUUCCCAGAUGUCAGCAAUAUCGAGGCGCGGAUGCUACCUUUCUGCUACGAGGCGGGUCUUGCAUCCGGGCAUACACCAGACGCAGCACAGUUCAUGUCGAUUGCAACCGAGACCUUCAUCAAGGAGGUCAUGUCGUCGAUAUUUAGCCGCACGCGAAGCAACCCACCGGGCGACUCGGGCAACGCCGGGUUCGGGCCCAAUAACACCUGGAUCCAAACGCACAAAUACCGACGGCAGCUGGCCAAGGAAGAGGAGGCAUUCCAACGGGGCGAGGUCACGCGCGAUAAGACAGGGUUAUUGCCCGUCGAAGCCAAAGCCGCGAGCGAGCGGGGUCCGCUGGGCAUCGCCGAUCUCCGGCUCGCACUGGAGAUGGGCGACUGUGGCCUCGCAAACUUUCCCAUCAUCAGCACAUCAGUCAUCUAUGGCUACCGGGAGGGAGAGCUGGAAAACUGGGACGAUUACACAUACGUGGAUGGCCGCGACAGGAUUACGGACCUGGACGGAGACAUCGAGAUGGGCGGCGCCGAGGGCAACGGCAUCGGACAGGGACCUGAACCACUUACUAACGGGGUUUUCCAUGGUGACCAUAUGGAUAUUGACAAUGACAUGUGGUGGGAGGGCACUGCCAUGUCAGAGAACAUGCUCGACACAGUUCUGGAUUCUUGCUUGGCUGUUGGCUGACUCGGUGCAGAAGGUCGACGGUUCGGCGAGCGCUAUAUACGAGCGAUCAUCUUUUUUUUUCUUUUCUUUUUUUACUGAUUACACAAGGAGUUCCACGGAGUCUCAAGGACGGCGUUUACGAAAGGGGCCGCGGUGGGCGGCGACCGGCUGCUUACGCAUUGCAUCGGCACAGUCAUAUUUUCUUGGUUGCGACGUGCCCUGUAUAACUUCUUAGGUGGACUCAAAAGGGGUGGCGGGCACAUUCUGGCGUCGAAUCGGGGGCAUACCAAGGAGCUGCUAGGUGCGGAUGAAAGAGGGCUUUUUUUGUACUGUAUUUUUAUGAACGAUACCCGGAAACGCCCUCGUGGGGACUAGGGGGGGUUGAUAGUUUUGGUCCUCGGCCGUAUAUGUACCUACCUCGGGUACCCAGGUAGUUAAAGCGAAGAUGAUAUUCGUAUGAUUA